AUGAAGUUCCCCAUUCGAUAUAGUGACCCCGAAUAUCAACAGAAUCAUCGCAACCUCUUUGCGCAAGCUCUCCUGUCCCCUCUUGCGGAUGUCCUUCCACCAGGUGUGAACCAACAAGAGUUUGAUCGUGCGUAUGUCGAGUUUGAAGAUGCGGUCGGGAAGGAAAAUGCAUUUCGAGGACAGUCAUUGGAAGAGUAUGUAGAUCCAUACGAGCUCUGGGAGGAAGAAGGGAAAAGGAAAAUGCCGAGUGCGGCGGUGUGCCCUUCUUCGAUGGACGAGCUACGGGCAAUCCUAAAAGUUGCGAACAAGUUCAGCAUUCCUCUUUGGACCUUUUCGCGCGGAAAGAACUUAGGAUACGGUGGACCAGCACCAAGGCUUAAUGGAUCGGUUGCGCUUGACCUUCAUCGCAUGAACAAGAUCAUCGAGGUCAAUGACAAGUUUUCGUACGCGGUUGUGGAGCCAGGAGUCACUUUUACUGACCUAUACCUCUACUGCGUCGAGCACAAGCUCCGAGUCUGGCCAAGUGUACCUUCAUUGGGAUGGGGAAGCGUGGUCGGAAAUGCAGAAAUACUGACUUAUCAACGGACUGUGGACCGGGGUACCGGCUUCACACCAACAGCAACACAUCACCAGCAUAUCAGUGGGAUGGAGAUUAUGCUUGCGGACGGCGACCUUGUGCGCACGGGCCAGUUUGCGAUUUCUAACUCACCGUCGGCACAUCUAUCGAAAUUUAGCUUUGGCCCAUCUAUCGAAGGUUUGUUUCUGCAGAGCAAUCUCGGUAUCGUCACCAAGAUGGGAAUCUGGCUGCACCCACAGCCGCAAGCUUACAUGUCUUGCACGUUUGACAUGCCCAAUCUUGAAGACGUGGAAAUCAUUGUCGACAUCUUCGGACCAUUACGGAGAGAUGGCCUGUUGCCGAACACCGUAUACGUCUCGAACAUUGUUGAAUGGUUAGGUGUGACCGGCAAACGUGCUGAGCUGUGGCCAGAAGAAGGUCCUAUUCCUGAAUGGCGGCUUCGGGAACUUCAGAAGGAACUUGGUUUCGGUUAUUGGAAUGUCAAAUUUGGUUUGUAUGGCGCGAAGGAGGUAGUCCAAUCGCACUUCGAUGAGUUGAAGAGAAUCAUCGCAAAAAGAGUGCCAGGCUCGGAGCACCGUCUUCAAGGUCACCUCUUCUCUGCAGAUGAUGAUAAACUUCUGGAAGCAACCUCUGUCCCGGACCCUCAUGGUGGCUUCUUUGUCGGAGUGCCCAGUCUGUGGAGCUUGCCAAUGGUGAGAUACAGACUGCCAAAAGAAAAAGCCGGCAUCGGCGCACAUGCGGAUUAUUCUCCCAUCAUUCCUUCUGAUGGUAUAAAAGUCCUCGAAUGGGUGAAAACUGCUCGAAAGAUCUGUGAAGACAAAGGGUUUGAUCUCUUCUGCGACUUCUUCAUGCACGAACGACAUCUUAUUUUCGUCAACAUGAUGGUGUUCGACAAGGCAAACCCAAGUCAUCGCAAAGCCGUUGAUACUAUUUUCCGGGACCUGUACAGAGAAGGUCGGCAAAGGGGUUUCAGCAAGUACCGGUCUCACAUCAAUUAUAUGGCUAUAGAUCUGGUUGCAGACGCUUACGACUUCAAUGAUCACGCGUACCGGAGGUUGGUGGAGAGAUUGAAGGAUUCUCUUGAUCCAAAUGGGAUCCUAUCUCCAGGCAAACAGGGUAUAUGGCCUUUGAAGUAUCGUCACCUGAGGGAAAAGCUAUAG